CUGGAAGAGCGACUUGACAACAACAAUCAUGGCAGACCGCCUGUCGCAACUUCAAGAUGCAGUUAACAUGUUACUGACCAGUAGCAGCAGUGGUUUAGUAUCUUCUUGCAUUAUUGAAAAAGAAAUUAGGUUGAAAAUAUGGUAGUUAUAUCUUUGGUGAUAAUGAAAUUACAGUUGUUACUUAUCUGUGACAUAUUUUUUGACAAAAGUGCCAUCAUUAGUUUUGAGAUAUGUUAAACAAUUAAAACCAGUUUCAGAUCUUUAGUAUAGCGAAGAGGAAUAGUUAGAGGAAUGUGACUUUUAGAUAUACUAGAUCAGAAUUAUAACAUCAGCAUGGUCUUGAAUGUAGAUCUCAUAAUCUAAUUCUGAUAUGGAUUCCCAUAACAAGAUACAGAGAUGGAAAUCCUGCAAAAAACAAGCAGAGAACCUUUAUAAUAGCAUAGGCUGUUUGUUUAAUUCAGCACCACCAUGUAGCUUUGAUAAAAGUGGCAAGACCCCUUCACAAAAUGAAAAUCCUGAUGAUAUGACUGAACACAAGAGAGUCUUUGCCACGCUCAUUGCUCGUAAUGCUAAGGAUAUAGAUGUAUUGAUUGAAAGUCUUCCAUCUGAAGACUCUUCGGCUGAACUUCAGACGGCCAGCAUGAGGGUGCUUGAGCAGGAAGGUGAAGAAGCUGCUCUGAAGCUCCAAAGAGGAAUUGAUCGAGGAGACAAGUUACUUGAGGAGAUCAACAGAGCUCUCAGUGAAAUUGCCAACACACAGUUGGCCAUCAAUCGCAUCACUGAUGCUUCACAGGGUGAUGCAAUUAAGAUAUGAAUGUUGGUAUUUGAUUUUGAAUAGAUAACCAUUUUUAUAAGUAAAAAAGCUUUCCAAAGUAUACAGUUACAGCCUUUCUUGGAAGGCACUGUUUCUACUUCAGAAUGAAAAUGAGCUUUUUUGCUAUAAGUUUUUUAAAGUUUAGAACAAAAACAGGUCAGCAUUGGUAAAGGAGACAAGUUAUUUGAGGAGUUUAAUAAAGCUCUCAGUAAAUUCCUAAAACCCACUUAGUCAUCAGUUGCUUCAUAUAUGCUUCAUGGCUAAUGUGAAUAUAUGAGUCUUUUGGUGUUAGAUUUUGAGUAUAUAUCAUUUAUAAAUACAAAGGAGCAUUUCAGAAUUGACAGGUACAACUUAUGUGAUCGUUAUUGCUUUAACAUUGGGUUGAAAAUAAAGUGUACCAAAAUAUAGAAUGGUAUUGAUAGGCUCAACAAAACUCUUUGUAAAAGCACUAAUACUCAGUCACUCAUGCAUUACAUCACAGACAUAUCAUAGAGUGAUGUAGUUAAAGUAUGCAUCUUUUGGUAUUAGAAUUUGAAAAGAUACCCUUUUUUACAACUAAAAAAACCUGUCCAGUAUUAACAGGAACAACUUUCUAUAUAGAGAAUUUCUAAUUAAGAGUGAGAAAGACCUUUGUGACAUACAACUUUGUCAUUAAGGUUUGUCUUGUCACAAAAAUGGAUUAUUAAAUUCCUUAACUUGAUGCCGGGGAUGGUAUGUACAAAUAUGCCAUGCCCUUUCUGAGUCCAGUAAUUGUCUUUACACAUAAAUAGCUCCACAAGUAUUUAAUCACCAAUGAAUCAAUUACUAGUACUACUUAUCUCUCCUGUUUACCCUUUCCCUUGAUUUCUGGAAAUAUUUUCUUUUACCUAAUAUUCCUAUUAGUAAUGUUGAUAACAUUAUAAUCAUUAUAAUGGUUAUGAUAAUGAUAACAGCAUCAAUAGUGAUGGCAUUUGUAAAAAAAAACAAAAAACAUUUUUCCUGAAAUCUUAAGGAAAGGUGAAAUCAGGUGAUGUAACAAGGCCUACUAAUUGAGCCUUGGUGGCUGAGCACUUGGAACCGUCUAUAUGUAGAGACAUUACACUGUAUUGCACACUACCAGAGCACUGGCUUCAGGAGAUCAACAGAGGUCCCAGUGAAGAUGGUAGUACCUUGUUAGGCAUCACUCCCAACAGUGGAUGCUUGGUAAAUACGAAUCUUUUGAUAUUAAAUUUAGGAAAAAUAACCAAUUUUUUAAUACAUACAUACAUACAUACAUACAGAAUAUGUGUGUGUGUGUAAAUAUACACUAGAGGUUAUAUAGUGGAAUAUUCUGGUAUCUGUCAUCAUUUUGUAAAAAUGUUUUAUGGAUUUAUUGGAGUAUUGAAUAUAUGUAGAAUUACCAGUGGCAGUAACCCUGAAGCAGGAUUGUUUAUAUUUUUACAAUCACAUUUUCUUUUUUAUCACAAAGAUAUAUAUAUAUAUACUGUUACAGUUUUAUUAAUAUAUUUUUAUGUCCUAUUAUUUACCGUGUAAUGGUGAUGAUUAUUUCUAACGAUACAUGUAGUGAGAAUAGAAUCAAGUCACAGUUUGGGUUAGAAAACCAACUGGUAGUAUUGGUAUCAGGCAGGGCAGUAGUGUGAAGUAUUAUAUCACUUAGUUGACUUAGAUUCUGUUUGUUGCAUGGCCUCGCUAAAAGACUGGCAAAUUUAAUCCGUUUUAUGUAAAGUGGAGAGAAUUAAGACCUACUUAGUUUUUAAGUUUGUGAAGAUGAAAAUUACAUGUGGAUUUUUUAAAAACUGGUGAGCAAAUUAUAAGAAUCAACAAAUAUUACAGUUUUGUUAGGCAAAUUUUCUAACAUAUUUAUUCCUGUAUUUUGAUGAAAUUACAGUAGUAUUUAAAUGGAUGGCAUAGUAUAGACACUCCUCAGCUCUAUGAUUAGGAUCAUCAAACUAGUUCUUAGUUGGAUAUAAGCCUAAGCAUAAAACAAAACUAAGGAGAUAGCAUGAAGUCAUAUUACUAUGAUAACAAAUAAAUGAAUUUAGUAUUACAUAAUUUGCUAGUUAAAUGAGACAGCUAGUUUCUCAACCUCUUUUCUCCUUUUUUUGCAGUUUCAGUUACAUGUACUCUCAAUAUCUUUACCUAUGAUAUUAUUGAUACCUUUACAUAUAUAUCUAUCUGGAUAUUUACUGAAUUAAAGUCAAAAGCAACAGGAGUGUCUAUAUCGUCAAAACUCUUGUUUACUACAUUUGCUUUAUAUCCUGUAGAGUUGUGGUUACUUUUCUAACUCAUUUGCAGUUUAGGAGCCUGCUCUAUAUGGAGUUAGUGUUGGUCGAGGUGAUCAUCCGUGCUGCAGAGUUAGGAUAUUGUUUUUUGUCAUUUUGUAAUCUGGUUGAAAUGCUGAGGGAAAAUAUGCAUAUAGGAAUGGUGAACAAAUAUAAAAUGGUUUAAGAGUUUGCAAACCAAGGCUGUAACCAUUUGUGUUGUUGGACCUUCAUGUAGUGUAAAUUUUAUUGACAGCUGAAAGGGAUAAGUUUCAUUGUUAUUUUGAGAUUCAAUACAUAUAUGUAAAUUACUGUUUUCAUGUUAAUUUUUAUGAUAAUAUGUUUUUUAUGUAUUUUAAUUGUGGGUUUUAUCAUUACUCCUAUUGGGAAAAAAUAUAUAUGCUAUAAUGCAGAGGUAUCUUUGUCAUAAAGGAAUGAUACAGAUUCAUAGAGCAUUUAUAUUGUGCAAUUGAUAUUCCAAUGUAAUUCAAGUAUACAUUAUAUUGAUAUUUCAAGAUAAUUCGUGUGCCAAAGAAUUUUUAGAUUUAAGAGUUGGUUACAUUAUCAAGAAGCUAAAUGAUACUUAAGAAUCACAGGUUUUAAGAUCUAAGAUUCACAAGCAUUUGCAGAAGGUUUGCAAGUAAAGGUUUCAAGAGAAAAUAUGCAAGCAAGCUGUCCAUUGUUGAUGAUUAUUUUUAUAUUCACAUUUUAUUGUGUUAUGAAUUAAUUACCAUACUCAGGUCCAUGAUGUCUUUGAAAACAUGUUCAGCAUUUCUAGUGUAAAUAUCUAUCUUUAUUACUUUAUUACUGUCUUGUAUACAGUCUUAAGACACUGAAUUGAAAGUUUUGUAUAAAUUAUGAAUUAAUAAAGGUAUCAGUGCCAUGCUCACAAA